AUGGUGGCCUCCGAUGAAUAUCCUCAUUAUGUGUGCGAACGGUGUUAUGAACAAAUUUUAUUAUUUUAUGAAUUUCAACAAAUGUGCCGCAAUUCCUUGGAUAAAUUUAAUGAUUUAUUAAAAACUAAGCAGGAGCUGGAUGAGAAGCAAUAUUACUUUAAAAAUGAAACUGUUAAGGAAUAUAAAGAAGAGUUUUUAUUUAAUGAAGAAUAUAAGGUUAAUUUGGACACUACAGGAGCGAAAGCAAAUGUUGUAACAGAAGAACAAGUAACAGCAAAUAAAGAACAUACUAAUGUUCAGGAAAAAUUAGAGGAAAAGAUUCUUUCCGAUACCGAAAGCUGUUCUUCAACACAAGAAAGCUUUUCUCCAGAAAAGCCUAAACAUCAAUGUGAUCGCUGUAAUGAAAGCUUUAAUGCGCUACACCGUCUUGAAGCCCACAAACGAGAACAUGAUGGCUUACCUCCUUACUCCUGCUACUACGAAGGCUGCAAACGUUCCUUUAAUCGCUGGCAUAACUAUAACAGGCAUCAAAAGGAACAUAAGCUUGCAGUAGACCAAACCUACAAAUGUGAUGUGGAUAAUUGUGAAAGAGUGUAUAAGAAUAAAUCUGCCCUAAAUGUCCACAAACGUAAAUAUCACAAUUUGGGUCCCGAACUUAAGACCCAUAUGUGUGAAGUUUGCGGUAAAGUAUUCAAAUCAUCGGCCGUUUUAAAUGAUCACCACUAUACCCAUAUUGAUAGGACACAACUGCCUUAUGCCUGUGAAGAGCCGAACUGUAGUACGUUUUCCAAUAAAGAAAAACUAAAGGUGCAUAAAAUGCGUCAUGCCGGUAUUAAGAACUUUAGCUGUCCCUAUUGUGGUAUGCUUAAGACAACACGCAAUGAACUGAAAAUACACAUUAACUAUCACACCCUGGAAAGAACUUGGCCUUGUAGGUUUUGCCCCAAAGUGUGUAAUAGUGCGGGCAAUUUGAAAAUGCACGUGAGGAAUAUGCACGAAAGAGCUAAAGAUUUUGCUUGUCGUUUUUGUGACAGGACUUUUGCCAAAGCCGAUACUAAGAAAUACCAUGAAAUGACUCAUACGGGAGAAAAGCCACAUCAGUGCAAGGAAUGCGGUAAAAGAUUUGUACAGCCGGCGGCCUUAAGGACCCAUCGCAAGAUACAUUUGAGACAGACGGCGAAUUUGGAGGUAAAGAGAAGUGUGGCCAGAAGAUUGAAGGGCGGGAGGGGCAAAAUCCAUCACAGGAAGUGGUGGAGGAGACUUUUAUAA